AUGACUAGAAAAAUUAAAAUAAAAUCAAUAAAACAACCAAGUUUUUCUAAAAAAGAUUUUAUAGGUUUUCCUAAAACCUAUCCAAAACAACUCUAUGGUAUAGUACCAGUUAAGGAAUACCUACAAGCUAUUGAUUAUUUAAAUAGUAAUACAAGAAGAGAAUAUGAUUCUUCAGUUUUAAAAUAUAUUUUAUUUUAUAUAAUAUGUGGACUCAUACCAGGAUUAAUAGCCUAUAUAAUAGAGUUAAGAAAAUCUACUCAAUAUAAAAAUAAUUUUGAAAAAGACUUAAAAUUCUCUUUAGAACAAAUUAAUAAAUCAUUUUUUGAUAGGAGAAUCACAGUAAGUUAUAAAUUAGAAAAAACUCUCUUUGUUAGAAGAAUGAGGGUAUUAUUAAAAAUAAAAAUACCAGAUGAUGGUACUCUAGAAAUACCAAUAUCAAAAAAAACUUUAUCUCCAGAAGGAAAAGAAAUUAUAGUUUUAGAAACAAACAACCAAACAAGAGAUAUUGAGUAUCAAAGAUCACACAAAUAUAAAAGAGAUCCAAUUGAUUUGGGUUUUACAUUUAUCAAAGUUGGUUAUAAAAAAUCAAAGGAUCAAGAUUUUGAUAAUUUUAUUGGUUUUGAAUCGACAUACCAUUGCGAAUUAUUUAAUUAUUUAACAGAGACCGAGUUUAUUAAUUUAAUAAACGAUAUAAAUGUGGAGGUUUCAAGAAUCAAGAUUAAUUCAGUUGUUUCAAAAUUAUAUAGAUUAGUUAUUAUAUUAUCUUUUUUUAUUUUUGGUUUAUUUUUUAUCAUUCCAGCAACUAUUAUAUAUAACAAUUUUCGAAUUAUUUAUUUUAAUAGAUUAUAUAGGGAAAUUGAAAAGAAAACAAGAGAAUACACAACUCAAUUCAGUUCAAGAGGUAUUUCAAUUUCAUACCAAGUUUAUUCAAGAGGAUGGAACGCCCAAACUACUUUAAUAGAUUUAAUAAUUUAUUUCCCCAAAGAUAUAGCAAACACACCAACACUUACAAGACUGGAUAACGAAAAUGGUUCUUUGGUUGUUGAACCAAUGGUCGAAAAUUGUAUUGCUCCUAUUUUUAUGAAUCAAGAAAUGUGUAUUAAGAACUAUGAUAUAUAUUCAUCAGCUCCAAUGCUACCCUGUUUAAAUGUUUAA